AUGGGCAGCAAGGAAGAUGUGGGGAAGGGAUGUCCGGCGGCCGGCGGUGUCUCCAGCUUCACAAUCCAGUCCAUCCUGGGCGGGGGCCCUUCCGAGGCACCGCGGGAGUCAGCCGGGUGGCCAGCCAGGAAACGCAGCCUGUCUGUGUCCUCGGAGGAGGAGGAACUGGACGAAGGCUGGAAAGCGCCGGCUUGCUUCUGCCCAGAUCCGCACGGCCCCAAGGAGCCAAGCCCUAAGCACCAUCCCCCCAUCCCUUUCCCUUGCUUGGGUACCCCCAAGGGCAGCGGAAGUGCAGGGCCUGCGGGUUCGGAGCGCGCACCUUUCCUUUCUCCUUCUCACUCGGACUUUAAGGAAGAGAAAGAGAGGCUCUUGCCGGCGAGCUCGCCCUCUCCGGGCCCGGAACGGCCGCGGGACGGCGGUGCGGAGCGACAGGCCGGAGCGGCCAAGAAGAAGACGCGCACCGUCUUCUCCCGCAGCCAGGUGUACCAGCUCGAGUCCACCUUCGACAUGAAACGCUACCUGAGCAGCUCGGAGCGCGCCUGCCUCGCCUCCAGCCUGCAGCUCACCGAGACCCAGGUUAAGACUUGGUUCCAGAACCGCCGCAACAAGUGGAAGCGGCAGCUCUCGGCCGAGCUGGAGGCGGCCAACAUGGCACACGCGUCGGCGCAGACUCUCGUGGGCAUGCCGCUGGUGUUUCGGGACAGCUCACUGCUGCGGGUGCCGGUGCCGCGCUCGCUCGCCUUCCCGGCGCCGCUCUACUACCCCAGCAGCAACCUCUCGGCCUUACCGCUCUACAACCUGUACAACAAGCUUGACUACUGAGCCGCUCGCCGGCUCCCGGGGCGUCCCAGGCCGCCUGCAGCCGCCUGCAUACCGGGGGCGCGGGCGGCAUCCUUCCCAGGGUUCCGGAGCAGAGCGUCGCGUGUUCAGAAAUAUUAAGAAAUACACCAUGUGUAUUCGUUAUGUCUUAUUUAUGGCCUCUUCUCUACUUUUUUUGUUUGUUUGUUUCGGGUAUUUAUCCGCAUUCCUCAAGCCAGAACACCUGCUUUCUACACAAAAACCAAACCAAUAUGCGUUUGAAAACUCUUUCGAAAGGGGAGAUUCUCGGUUGGUGGUGGGAAAGGGAGUUUUGGCUAGGUAGGU